AGUUUAGCUACUUGCUAGGUAGCUUGGCAUCAUUGAAAUGGUCUCUCUUAAUCCCACAGUGACUAUAAACCAUAAUAAAUAUGUUUUUGCUAUUGCAAGCAACAUAAAUACUCUUUCCUACUUUAUACGUUCUUAGUAUCAGAAAGCAGCUUGAAUCAAACACAGCUUCCAGAGUCUCCAGGGCUGAAAAAAUAUCUUUUUGGUUAUUGAGUGAAGAAAAUAAUAAAGGAUAAUGCACAACGUAGCAAGAACUUUGAUUCUCAGUAGAGACUAUGGAUACCUGUAUUUUUAUUUUAAAGUUAAGAUGAACCACAGCAAUUCAUUGCAAGUGUGAUGUUCUAGUAAUAAAUUGAGAGACUGAAGUAUUUUCUGUUGUAUACCAAAGGACAUUAGCAAACUAUUGUGGUUACAAGACCAAAUUUUCAGGUUUCAGGAAAUACUAAAAUUAAUACUGCCUACCCUUGAUGUAAUAACAAUGGCAAAUGGAACAGGAAUCACACAUUUUGCCAUCUAUAUAAUGACAAGGCUAUAGAGACACUCAGAAGUCCUGAACCCUUAUCUUAUUUCUGGGACUGGGUGUACUCUAAUGGUUACUGCGCUUCUAUUCUGUACCAAUGUUUUAUCUCUCUUUCCUCUUCCCUGCCUUCUCCAACAUUUACCAGGAUGUACCAGGUGUGCUUUCUCCCCACGUUUCCCACCACACGUUGAAACACAAGGAACAUGAGUGUAUUUUGGGAGGCAUCACCAUUAUCAGGCCUGUGGUCUCUGUACAGUUGUGCCCUGUACCUAUUCAAGUGCUCCUUUAAACAUGACUGUGUUCCCAGGGUGGAACUGUCAGCUUGCCUACUGUUGCUCUGAAUGAAUUAGCACUGAUUAGUUGGACAGCUGGCCAGGCAUCAACAGCUUUUCUGAAGCUACAGCUCAUGCCUUUCACACAGCAGUGCUGAUAAAGAAAGCUUUCCAACAAACCCCUUUUUUUCUUCCACACUGUUCUUUUUAUGCUCUUUCUGUCUGUUGGUUUUUGCUUUGUUUAGUUUUUGUGGGUUAAUUUUGGUUUUGUUUUAUUUUCUCUAUAAACCAGGAGGAAAACUCAUCCACACCACCACCUCACCAAUACCCAGUCAUAGGCUAUGGUCAUCAGCAACAGGAAGGGGUAAAAGAAAAAUGAAACCCACCUUCUCCUUGUGUUUUCUGCUGGCUGGUUUGUAUUCUGUUGCCCAGUGUCAUCAGCGCCCUCGCUACCACAAUAAACAGGACAAUUCUAAAGGAGCAUAUUACUGGGGUAGCAGUUCUCAUAGGGAAGGAGUUUUUCCAAAUAAAAACAAAACUUUUGUCAAAGUAGUUCACAGCAAUGCUGAUUUUGCACUUUCAUUUUACAAGCUGGUUGCAUCUGAAGCAACCGAUCAAAACAUUUUCUUUUCACCCAUAAGCAUCUCUACUUCCCUUGCAAUGCUGGCACUGGGUGCCAAGUCAGCGACACUGACGCAGAUUCUGGAAGGGCUUGCCUUUAACCUGAAAAAGACUCAGGAUCAGGAAAUACAUGAAGGUUUUUGCCAGCUCCUCCACAUGCUGAACCGUUCAGAUAGUGAUCUCCAUCUAAGCCUGGGCAAUACCCUUUUUAUAGAAGAGACGCUGAAACCACUACAGAAGUUCUUGGAUGAUGCCAAAAGCUUUUACCAGUCUGAAGUCCUUUCUGCUGACUUUAACAACUCCUCCGGUGCUGAGAACCAGAUCAACAGUUAUAUUGAAGAAAAAACAAAUGGGAAAAUUGUUAAACUAGUAGAAAAUCUUGAUCCUCUCACUGCAAUGGUUCUUGUUAACUAUGUCUUCUUUAAAGCUCACUGGGAGAAACCCUUCAGUGAUUCAUACACAAAAAAAGAAGAUUUUUUUGUGGAUAAGAAAACAUCUGUAAAAGUUGACAUGAUGUAUCGGAAAGGUUACUACAGAAAUUACUUUGAUGAAGAGCUGUCCUGUUGGCUGGUUCAGAUUCCUUACAAUGGAAAUGCUGCAGCAUUAUUUGUUUUACCUGAUGAAGGGAAGAUGAAACAGGUGGAAGAUGCUCUUUUGAAAAGAACUGUGUCCAAAUGGGAAAAGCUCCUCCAACAUAGAAAAAUACACCUACAUAUUCCAAAACUUUCUAUUUCUGGUACCUACGAUGUGAAAAAGAUAGUCAGAGAAGUGGGUAUAAUUGAUCUAUUCACUGCACAAGCUGAUCUGUCAGGAAUUACUGAGGAUCCUGGACUGAUGGUUUCAAAAGUGAUCCACAGAGCUGUGCUAAAUGUUCAUGAGAAUGGUACUGAAGCAGCAGGAGUCACAGUGACGGAGAUUACAUGGAGAUCUGGUGAUUUUCCGCGUCCUCCUCGAGUCAGAUUCAACAGGCCCUUUCUCCUGAUGAUUUUGGAUAAAUAUGCCCAUACCAUCCUCUUCAUUGGGAAAAUUGUAAAUCCUCUGAAAAAUAACUGAAUGUCCAGAGUACAGGUAUUCUUCACAUAGCUACCUAAGUUCCUGUGAUCCAGUAAUAACUUUGCGUACACCACUGUGUACUGAUGUCUUUCAACUGUUGUUAUUAUGUACAUUUCUAACCCCUUAAAAGCAAGAACUAGAUUUUCUUGCCCAAAAGACACAGGUAUUUCCCUUGUAGUCUACAACUCUAUGUAACUUGUGUUGUCAACAAAGUAUGAGUCACUUUUCAGAUGUUCUGUAAUAAUCCCUUCCUGACAUUCUCCAGUAUAUGAGGUGCUGACAUUCUCCGGUAUAUGAGGUGAUCUGCAGUCUCUUUUGUGGAUGAUGUAGCUUUUACUCUACACUCACAGUGUGUGAAGAGGAGGGUGGGAGAAGAGAAAUGGGGAAAAGAGAUGGAAGGUGUAUGUCCUGUCUGUUUAAUCCACUGACUUUUGAUAACUGAUGUUAAAUGCAGAGUAUCUUAAUAUUGGAGUGACUUUUCAUAUCUUUUCUUUGUUGUUUUUGUUUGCUUUGUUUGUUAGUUGGCUGGCUUGGUUUCGUUUGGCUUUUAUUAGAAUGAAGUUACAUCAUCUCUGACUGCAACAUUGGAAUACACAAUAAUAUAAAGGGUUGACCAGUACAGUUGGUUUAGCCGUUGCCUUCUCCUGUGGAAGUCCUAUUCAUGCAGGCAAUAAAGUUGCUCUUCAUUGCUGGGGUAUUGACAGUGUACUGAGAUAAAAUAAAUGGUGGAACAUUCCACACUAUAGCACCAACUUCUUUUUUAUGGAUUUGCUGUCACUUUCAUUUCUCAUUUCUCUUACUGAUUCCAACUUCAUUAUCACGCCUUCCAGAUACACAAAUUGGACUGUGGUACAGAAAUGUUUAUCUUCUCACAGGGAACAGCAAAGCUUUUCUAGGGGCCAUUAAUCUGUUUUGAACUCAGAAAGCUAUCAUAGGUAUGCAUAUGAAAUACAGGCAGUAUUUGACAAGUCACACUAGAUUUUAGCAGUGGAUUGAUACUAUAGAAUAAAAACAUAUAGUUACUUGAAGUUUGAAACUUUUCUUUCAAAGAUUCAUGAGUCUAGUGUAUUGCUAGUGUGUUAUUUUAUUAAAAUAUACAAAGCUGUUCAAAGCAGUUAAAUUAAAUAUUUAUUAGAUCUUUCACUACAGAAUAUCUCAAAUUGGUCAAAAAAUACAAAUAGCAACUUUGCAGUCUUUAGUCUCUUAAAAUGUGAAAUAAUAUACUGUAAAGAUAAUGAUGACUAUUUCUGAAACAAUAUUGUGCUGAUUGUUUGGGGGAUUUUGACUUGUCUCUGACAUUAAAUUACCACUAUCAGUAUUACUAGACUGUAGCUGCAUGUCAGCCAAGUAAUGCUUGAUGUUCACACUCAAAACCCUCAUCAAAAUCCCAUAAACUAAUGACAAAACUUCCUUACUGACAUCUGUUUUUGAUCUAUUCAGUAUUUAGUAAAAGCUGCUGGCUAGAUCAUUGGGCAUAUAUACAGACUUAAUCUUGGUGUAAUACAGAUAAACUGAUUCUACAGAAUAUCAUUUAAAAAUUCUUGACAAAUUGUGGUGCUAAUUCAGGACAGCAUGCUGAAGUCCAGCUUUGCAACGACAAAUGACUAUGUAAGUAAAUAUCAUGAGACUGUUUGUUCUUCACUGUGGACCCCAGAUCAAUACUAUCUGUUUGCUAUCAUGAAAAUAAUUUAAAUGAUAUUUUGCCAAUCAAAUCUCCCAUUUGAGAGGCAAGUUUGAUGCCUGACCUAUUUGAAAGUAGAUGAAGAAUAAUUAAGCAGCAUGUAUGAGUAUGAGUCAGGCUUUGUGCUUCCAUGAAACGGUACUAUGAGGUAUUUUGUGAAACUCUAAUGCAGUGGGACCUUUUCCUACAUUAUUUUUCCAAAGAAGGCAUGCUGUAUAAGAGGAAUGCUUAGGUAGAAAUCACAUAUAGCUAUGGUUAUAUAUUUAUAUAAUACUUCAAUCAUAUAUAUAUAUAUUUCAUUAUAUAUAUAUAUAUAUGUUUCAUUAUAUAUAUAUAUAUAAUUGAAGGAUUAGAUUCAAUCCUGAAAUAUGUAUAAUCAAUUUUUCUUUUUUCUCAUAAUCCUUAAAGUAAUUUAAAGUGACCUCUGUCCACAUGCACUUUAUUGUCUUAUUAAGAUUUCAAGUUUAGUGCCAGGCUUUGUAGAAGUAUUAGGUCAGCUUUCAGAAAAAAAUGUAGCCAGGAUACAAGUACAGAAGAAAAGCUGACUUUGAUCACACUUUAUUCUUGGGAUACCUUGUCUUGAAAGCAAAAAGGAGACCAGGUGAAGAUUAGGCCUCUAUCAUUAGCACUCUCUGUAUAUAAAUAUAUAAAGAUUAAAUAUAUAUAUAAAUAUGAAUAUAUCUAUAUUAUAUUAUAUAAAUAUAUAAAAUAAAUAUAAUGAAAUUGUUGUUCACGUAGAGUCACCUUCAAAUGGGAGUAGGUACCCUAUACAGGUGUCUUGCCUUGGUUCUCUGUGAUAAAAAUAACAAUAAAAUUUGAUAAAGUUCAGAAAAUGUUUCUUACCAGAACUUCUCACUCUUCUCAACAGAUACAAAAUUUGAGUGCUAAAUAAUGAAUACAGAACAAUUGCAAAGCUGUUAUGGGUGUUGCAAGUUCAGUGUGCUCAUGUUUUGUUCAGGGGAGGUUUUCUUCUUUCAAUCUGCCAUUAUUUUUCUUCUUUUCUGGAUUUCUGUUGAUCAAUUUGUUUGCUGACUGUGAAUUGCAUAACUGUAUGGCACCAAGUAGUCUUCCCUCCCUAGACUAAUCUCUAGAAUGCAUGACUGGAUGGCUCUAUUUUGAGUCAAGUCAUACAGUCAUGCACUCUAGAGAAGAUUUCUCUAGAGAGAAGACUACUUUGUUAGACAUUAAAAGCCGUGAAAGAAUUGCCAAUCUAAAAAGCAAAAGCUAAUGUAUUUCUUGUUCUGUAAUAACUGGUAAAGAUUUAUCUUUGUGAAACGAUGUCAAAAACAUAAAUAAAGAGCUCAAAAAAACCCCAAACAAACAAAAAACCAUCCCUAGAUCAAACCAUGGUGGAAAUGCACUUAAUCCUUAGGAAAUUGAAAAGAAUUUGAAAAAAAAAUAUCUCCAACAGCAAUUGUGAGUAGUGCUAAAGAUCACAAAAGAAGAAAAAGCAGCCAUAAGCAUGUGUGGGGGCAGAGAAAGUAAUAAUAUGCUUGAAGGAAAACAAGGAAAAUAGCAUAUUUAAACAGCCAGCAGCCAGUGCCAAUGCACAGGUCUUUGUUCCCAGUGCUGUGCGGUAUCAGCUAGGAAGAACAGCAUGUAACAUAGCCAACAGCCUUAAAGGUCACAAACUGAAAAACAAAUUGCAUAUUCUACUGGAAAACCUACUGAUGCUGUAUUAAAUGCAACAACAAUUAAGUACCCAUAUUUCAAUAACAAUAGAAGGCAGAGGCUGCUUCAGGAGAAAAACAAAGCUGAAGUACGUAGUUCUGAUGCCAGCAUAUUCUCAUCAAAAGAAGAUCUCACAGAAUCACACCUCAGUCAAAUUGCCUUUUUAUUUGUUUUCUAAUAUAUGAGAACUAAUUCAUCAGAUCUUGUUACUAUUAUCUUGAUAUUGAAUAACUCAUUACUUUCCUGUGCUGCAUGAUACUGUUCUUUCUCCAUGUCACCCUCAGGACACGAUGACAAAGAAAAAUGUUAGCAAAGUUUAUGAAGUUCUGGUGUGGACAGACCCCAUGAUGCCCCAGUGAUAAUGAGAUCACAGAACCACAGAAUGGCCUGGGUUGGAAGGGACCUCAAGGAUCAUGAAUCUCCAACCCCCCUGCCAGGCAGGGCCACCAACCUCUCCAUUUACAUGUCCAGGUUG